GAUAAAGUAGUGACCGUAUUGACGAACCAUAAUUAUAUAUAUACCAUCGUUUUGUCGGUACAUGGUCAUUUGUGUAUAUUAUAUAUAAUGAGGAAUAUUACUGACCGAGUCUUAGUGAGUGCGAUCGCAGGUAAUAGAGAUAGCUGUCUUCCUCGAAUCUUCUUCUGCAACGUGCAAGCUCCUAAAUGGAACGGUUCGAUAUGUAACUACCGUACUACGUACGUAUGGAGCCGGUAUAAACACGCGAAGAAAUGUUUAUCAUUUUCGUGAUUUUCGGGCAUUUAUAAAUAUUUUUAUUACGUUCAAAGUAAUUCCGCAAUGACGUUUUAUUGCGGAAAGUUAUGUUCACUAAUAUUAGCAGAACAUUUCGGGUCGAUUGUACAAACGAUCGGCGACAGUCUUCUAAAAAAUGGAACCCAAACAUUACCGUGGAUUCGAAGUACCACAGGACUUUCGAUUCCAAAGGUCAAAGAAUCUCUAUGUGUAUUGAUAAAACACGGUUUAGUGUUUCAUGAACAAGGAGAAAAGGCUAUAAAUUAUACCAUUCAGCCUGACCGUAUCAUCAUGAUUCUGCGAUAUUCAAGGUUCAUGUUUUUUGUAAAAACAUGUUGCGGCGAUGAAGCAGAAAUGAUGUUUGAAGAAAUAUUAAGAAAUGGAUAUGAAACAGCAUCGGAAUUGAUAAUGAGAACUUACAAGAGGUUGGAGCAUGUUAAUCCUGCCGGCCCAUCCUCAGUAGUACUUUUGAAGGAAAAAUUCGAGCUGCUCACAAAGAAUCAAUUUUUGAUGCGAAGUUUGUGCACACCGACAGCUGCACAAAUCAUGACAAACAAGCCAGAUUAUUGUCUACCAGAUUUGAACCUUGCUGCUAUCAAUAAAAUUCUUGCCGGUAGCGAAGGUGAUCCCGGUGAUAAAGAAAUUUAUUGGAGAAUUAAUUUUGACAGACUGGUACAAGACCUAAGAGAUCAAAUAAUAGUGGAAGCAACUACGAGAAUUCUGGAUGGAAAUGCAGGAGAAUUGAUGAGACAGUUGCUCUUUCUAAUGUAUAUAAGAACAGCUUCAUGGUCGGAUACUUCUAAUCCGAUUCCAUUUGUCGAAAUAAAGGACUCGGUUGGAAAACUUGAUGCUCCAGUUCUUUUUCAAUACAUCGAUCAAUAUUUACACCUUCUCGUCAAGGAUUCCAGCUCGUUUUUAAAACGUGUCGGUGAUUCAGGAGGUGGGCAAUAUAGUGUCAAUAUAAAAGAAGCGUUUGCUCAAUUAGCGUGGGCUACUGUCGAGAAUAUUGUUAUGGAAAGAUUUGGAUCAAAAGCGGCCAGAAUAUUCCGAUUAGUUCGAAGCAGAAGUUUCAUAGAACAAGAACAGAUUCAACAAUUGGCGAUGAUUCCAGCGAAAGAAGCGAAACAUCUGACUUACACAUUGUUGCAAGAGAAUUAUUUGCAGAUGCAAGAGGUGAAGAAAACUGGUGUUGCGGCAGCGCCGUCAAAGGCGUUCUUCCUCUUUCAUAUUGAUUUGAAUCAGGUUGUUCGCAUGGAGGUCGAGCACUGUUAUCACGCGCUCUAUAAUAUAAUGUACAGAAGAGAGCACGAAUCGGCUGUAAAUCGACGAAUGAUCGACAAGCAGAUGCGGAUGCAAACGUUGACUAGUAAUUUGAAAGAGCACGGGGCGACCGAGGAGCAAUUGGCAGAGAUAGCAGAAAUGAUGACGCCUUCGGAGAAACAGCAACUGAACAAAGUACAAACCGUAGUAAAAAAAUUAAGCGGGGCUGAAUUACAAACAGAAGAAACGCUUUUCUUAUUGAAUAUGUAUCUUCGUUAUCAUUGAAUUAAAAAAUGAAUAAAAAAGUAGCUGCUCCAAGAA